AUGCCAUCGGGUUUCGGAGCGCCGAUAGAUGACAACGUGGAUGUGUCUGCGGGAAAAUAUUUCAAUGCGGACACUCCGAUCGGAAAACGCCCAAUUGACGAUGCUGACUUACACAACCAAAGGAAACGCCGUCGUUCUCAGAGUUGUGAGCUGACGUCAGACGACACCAAUGACGUCAGAAAUACCACGUCAAUAUCAACCAUCAUCAAAGCUGUCGAACGCCUGUCCACGGAGCCCAGACUCGUUGCUGACGGGUCACGUGAAAACGUACUGACCUCCACUGUUGGAAAACACAAUGAUUUGAAUGCUAUAACAUCACAAACGAUGUCAGAUGUACUCAACGGCGUAUACAGAAACCAGAUUGAUCACUUGACCAUCGUAGACUGCAGAUACCCGUAUGAGUACGAUGGUGGACAUAUCAAGGUAUGA